UGCACAGAAGUUGGUGGAUAUAUAAAUGGAAGCAGCAUAAUCCACUGGUUACAUUUGGUGUACGUUGAAGAACAUAAAAACAUGAUGUUGAUCGUAGUGUUAUUUUCAUUAUUGGCGUAUUCAUAUGGCCAGAAGUGUGGGAGCCCAUCCAUCCAGCCUGUUAUCUCAGGCCUCUCCAGGGUCAUCAAUGGAGAGGAGGCUGUACCUGGGUCCUGGCCCUGGCAAGUCUCCUUGCAGUAUGAGGACGGAUUCCAUUUCUGUGGAGGCUCCAUCAUUGAUCCUUACUGGGUCAUCACGGCCGCGCACUGCGACUUCAAACCAGCCAAUCAUCGCGUAAUUGUUGGCGAGCACGACAAGAGCAGCAAUGUGGAAAACAUCCAAAUUCUCAACGUGGAGAAGGCGAUCACUCAUCCCUUGUACGACCCAAACACCAUAAACAACGACAUCCUGCUUCUCAAGCUGAAGGAGCCAGCCUUCUUCGGAGAUACAGUGUCGCCUAUCUGCCUGCCCCGAGCUACAGACGUGUUCUCCCCUGGGACCAACGCUGCCGUGACUGGCUGGGGUGUCACCCGGUGGAACGCUAAUUAUGGUUCCAGCACGCUGCAGCAGACAGUGCUGCCCCUAAUCUCAACUGAAGACUGCAAGAAAUGGUGGGGCUCCUACAUCAUGGAUCCCAUGAUCUGCGCUGGAGCAAAUGGUCACUCCACUUGUAUGGGCGACUCUGGAGGGCCUCUGACAGUGCAGAAGGAGGGUAUGUGGGUGCUGGCCGGACUCACCUCGUGGGGAAACAGUCGCUGCGACACCUCGGUGCCCGUGGUUUACACUCGGGUCACCACGUUUGUUGACUGGAUCGCCGAGACCAUGGCCAACAACUGAUUCCUCGUAAAAAUGUUCGCAAGGAUUUAAAUAAAUUCAAUUUCCUGCAAGACGUGA